UCAGAAUACCGCCAGGAUAGUCCAGUCAGAGGGAUCUCGCCAUGGCGACUCGCCGACGAUUCGGCGGUGCCUUCGACAGCAGCCAACAAUCAACGUCGGGAUGGGUGGAUGGAGAAGUAGACGUUCACGAGGACGUCUCUUCUAUCCUGCAGGACGAGCGCUUGAAAGCUUGGGACGCGUCAGCGGCGUUUCCUCGAAAGAUUCGAUACAUCACAUGUGCCUUGCUCUUCUUCGUUGGCAGUGCAAGCUUCAUGUACAAGAGAAUUCUUCUGCGCGAAACACAAGAGUACACUAUCCUCGCGCAGAUUCGACAAGCGAUCGUUGAAAUGGACGAAAUCGCCGCGACCGCAGCAGCCAUGGAAGGCCAUGUCCACCGCUUAGCUGCCCUGACACAACCCCACUUGGACCUUCAAGCUGCUGACACGAACGAUGCAAAACGUCCUGAUGUCCUUCGAGCCGAAGUUGACGCCAUACAUGCCGACACCAUGAGACACAUGGAAUCGAUGCUGCAAGCGGUGGUUGAGACCACACGGCAGGACGUGCUUGACCUUGCUGCGUCGUGGGCAGUGCAGCCACCGCCCACUCCAUCGCCACUCCAUGCCGUCGACCUCGACACAAACGUCGAUCAGGGUGCAGCAGAUGUAGACACCAGCAGCGAUGUCCCUACAACAUCGCAGGUCAAGUCCCGCGUGGAACCGCUGCCACCGUUGCCUCCACGCCAGGUCCAUCAUGUUAUGGCAAACGACACAACCUCGACGCCAACAUCGCAGCCAAUACAAAAGCCACCGAAAGCCAACCCGAUGCAUUUCGUUCUUUUUACAAUGAUUGGGACGCUGGUCAUCACAGCGGUCUUGGUGUACUGGAUGCAGACGCGGGGUUCAUUCCACGAGAGCCGAGUUGCAUUUCAGAACGGCACCACGCGGCUGCAGCGGCUCGCAGCGUCAUGCCAAGCGUGUUGUGUUCACCUUCUUGAGACAUGCCACAACGCGCUUGCGGCGUGGAGUCGGCUGCCAACGAAUGGAUGGAUCCAAUUAUUCCGCGCGUGGUGGCGCCAAGACUCGAACGUGAAUGUGGAGGAAGUCAGUGACGACGACGAGGUGUCGUUCUACCCCCAGACCCCUGUCACCUCGGCCAGACAGAAGGACCGUGCGCUCUACGACGAUGCGCAGCUCCCUCGAAAACACAUCAGCUUUGCUGACAUUGAGAGCGACGACGAAGUGGAUGACGCGGACGACGCGAGCUUUGCUCCGUCGCGGCGACCGUCCAACUUUGUCCGCACCGACUUGUACGAGAACAUCUUGACUCCCGAGCCAGCUCCCACGAGAGGUUUUCACGUACGAAGGAGAGGCGUUGCCGAGUGACCAUGGCUCCAGCGAUACAACGGACAAAUCGCCGCGACGGCGAUCGAGUCGCUUGCAUGGCUAGAAAACGCUAAUGCUGACCAAUACAUUGUAUGAUACGAAGAACGCAAUUUGACCGCAGCCACUUGUCGUGCACUGGCAUGGAGCAAAGGUGACCCAACCGCUUCAACGAGCUGUCGCCCUGGAGGAGGCCGUGCUCGUGAUCCCUUGGUGGAUGGAAUCCUGUCUGUACACUCACUGGGACUCAACCAUCGCGCAUCGAUUCCACUGGAUGGGGCCACGUCGUUGAGUCAUGGCAUGGUCGGAUCGCAGCCCAAUCGACUGCAUGUUCGAAAUCGAUUCCAACAGCACUUCAACGGACGGAUCCAGGCACGGGCCGCGGCAAGGCGCUGUAGGGUGCAGCUGAAAGCGACGCCACACCAUCGCCAUGCGGGAGGCUUUGGGAUAUCCUCGUUGGUGCAUUGUUUCGGCAAGUCGCCAAUCGUCGUCGUCCCCGUUCGAGAUGGACGGUAGCCAGAUGGUGGACAGGACGGCUUCGAUAGCCUUCUGCUGGCACCUAAAGUUAAACAAGACUUACCGU